AUGACAGACGUAGAGAACGCACUUUCCGUAGCAGAACGCGGAGCCCUCCGCCACACCCUAGCAGCCACAACCGACGCCUACAUCUCCUCCAUCCCCAAAGUCGAACUCCACAUCCACAUCGAAGGCAUCAUAAGCGCGUCCCUAAAAUGGGAAUUUUCCCAAAGAAACAACCUCCUAAUCACCAACCCACGAACCGGCCACCCCUUCUCCUCCCUCGCUGAACUAGAAGACUCCCACGAUACCUUGAAGCCCCGCAAGGGAAAUCGCAUGGACAAUACCGAAGAGACUUUGUCGUUUUUUGAGGCUUAUUACGGGGGCUUUGAGGUGCUGAAAACGCAGCUGGAUUAUUACGAUUUGGCCAUGGCGUAUUAUGAACGCGCGGCGGAGAUAAAGGUGAGGUAUGCGGAGAUUUUCUUUGAUCCGCAGGGGCAUACGAGAUGUGGGACGGGGUGGGAUGUGAUGAUGGAGGGGUUUCGGGAGGCGCAGAGGAGAGCUAGGGAGGAGCUUGGUGUGGAAUCUGCGUGGAUCAUGUGCUUUCUCCGGGAUGAAUCACCAGAGUCUGCGAUGGAGCAUUAUAAUGCGGCACUGGAAUACCGCGAUAUGAUAGUGGGGAUUGGUCUUGACUCGAACGAAGUCGAUAGACCACCGUCGUUGUUUGAUGACAUCUUUGUUCGAGCGAGGAAGGAUGGCUUUCGGAUUACAGCGCAUUGUGACGUUGGCAAGUCGUAUCCUCUCGAACAUAUCCAUCAGGUGGCAUCGAGUAUCGCAGGCACAGGUGCUGACAGGAUCGACCAUGGACUAAAUGCUGCUAGCGACUCAAAUCUCAUGACCUUGAUCAAGGAGAAGGGUCUCGGAAUGACUAUCUGCCCUUGGUCGUAUAUUCGCCACCAACCGAUGGACGAGGUGUUCCAACGCAUUAGAGCGCUCUUUUACGCUGGUAUCAUGAUUUCCAUUGCGAGCGACGACCCGACGUUUAUGGAGGAUACGUGGGUGCUGGAGAACUUGCUGGUGGUGAAGAGGUACUGCGGCUUUACGAAUUUGGAGAUACAGAGGUUGGCUGAGAACGCGAUAAAGAUGUGCUGGGCUUCUGAAGACGCGAAAAGGCAAAUGUUGCUGGAGCUGUAUAGUAUUGAUCCAGGGACUUAG